CGUACAUCACCAACAGACUGCUGAAAUCUGGGAUCCCACAAAUUUACUGUAUCUAUUUUCAUACUGUAAUCAGAUUUCAUCCGGGGCUCAGCAUUUGCUUUGUCAUUUGAUAAAACGCAUCUAACGAGCACGUAUCGACGCUAUGUACAAUGGCAGAUUGCAGGAACCAGGCGCAACUGACACAGUUGUACAACUCCGGCGUGGCAAAGGCAGAAUAUGUAACCAGACCGAUGUCUAGCAGCGAUGGUCAGAAACGUAUUCCAGUCGUUCAUCAUGCGGGGGUUCGCCUGACAUUAAACAACGGUGACAAGUACCUCCUUCAUAAAGGUCCAAACUAUGGAAAGAGUUCUGAUACGGUUAUAACACCAGCCUCCAAUAUGAAACAAAGCAACUGGACAACAAAGGAAAGUGCUCCUGUCCAAGGGAAGACUGUCAACGAUUUUAUGAAAAAUGCUUUGCCAGACAAGAAGUACAGUGUUUUACGCGGAAACCAUUGUCAAACCGCAGCGAAAAAGGCCUUCUCCCAAGCAAGAAAAUAAAAACAGACAUUUGUACUUCAUGCACAAUAAGUGCGCGUUUAAAUUUAAAAACUUUAAAGAGUAGUCAAAAAUAUGAAAAUUGGACUACAAAUUAAAUGGUCUUGUAACAUUUUUAUUAAUACUGUACAUUUUGGCCAGCUUAUGAUUAUCCUAUAGCUGUAUCUUCAAAAUUGUUUGUCUGAUUAAAAAUCACUUCUGUUUAUGUUUUAGAAAAUUCUAUUUCAUUGUAUUUCUUUUAAUAUAUAAGUAAGUAGCUUAAUAGUAUCUUUAUUUAUUUCUUAUAUCUACAUUUAUAAUAUUUUCUACUGACAAUUCUAAGUUACAAUAAUAAAUCUUGACAUCAAUUAAA